UAUGGAUUAUUUUUUUAGGUGAAAGAAUUAUCAGGUGAAGAUUAAACCCAACUUUAUUUCCCUUUAUGAUAAAUGAUAUGUUCUUAAAUGUCCCAAUAGAUAUGGGAAGGUCAUUGUUCGCAGAUUAUGGGGCCCUGUGGAAAAGAGAAUGUAAUGUUAAAUAUAUAAAUAUAUCACUAAAACAGUACGGGGGGGGAUAGCUCUAAUAAGACUAGAUUAAAACUAGAUUACGGAAGCACUGUAUACGGGUCAGCAACAAAAUCAGUGCUAGCAGAUCUGGGUAGAGAGCUGGCCCAGGCUUUAAGAGUGUGUUUAGGAGCAGUAAGAACUUCCCCAGGAUGUCCAAGGAUCUGCAAACAGAUGCAACAGGGCCUGGUUCCACAGUGCCUAGUUCUCGAGUAGAGUACAGCAAAACAACACCUGACUGUUUACAUAUUUAUACUGUUGAACUAUUUGCAUUACUAAUGUUAUUAGAGUGGAGUGAACAAACUAGGUGCAUCAACAUAUUAAUAUGUAGUGAUUGUGUAUCUGCCCUUACAAGCAUAAAGUCAGGCGCAGCUAUACGGCUAGACGCCACCAGGAUCUGCUUUAUGAAAUUCUGUCUAUUUAUUCAAGAUUAAUCAUACAAGGGGAAAAUAUCACAUUCAUGUGGGUCCCAGCACACUCAGGUAUUCAAGGAAAAUGAGAAGGCAGAGAAACUGGCAAAAGAAGCGGUCAAAAAAGGAAACGUUGAAAUCGUUAUUAAGUUAUCAAAAUCAGAAGGGAAAAGCAUAGUCUGGAUGAAAGUAAAUCAACAACGGAAACAACAGUGGGAUAAUGACAUUACAGGGAGACAUUUACAGGGAGACAUCUACAUUCCAUACAAAGCAGAGUACCCUGUCCAGGGUGUACCCCGCCUUGUGCCCGAUGCUCCCUGGGAUAGGCUCCAGGCUCCCCCGCGACCCUGAAAAGGAUAAGCGGUAGAAGAUGGAUGGAUGGAUGGAUGGUAUAGAAGAUGGAUGGAUGGAUGGAUGGAUGAAUUCUAAAAUAAAAGGACUAUAACACAGGACUGAAGGUGGCAGUAUUGCAACAGUUUGGAUGUCAGCUGCCGCAAAACCCCAAAGAACAACAAGAAGAAGGGCAGAAGAAGAAGAAGAAUACUUAAUCUCAGACUUAUUUUUUCUUUGGCCUACUGUGUAGUAGUGUAGUAGGGUAGUAGGGUAGUAGUGCUAUUCGGACACCACUACGACACCUGAUAGACUGUAGUGCACUAUAAAGGCGUUAGGGGGCUGCUUCGGACACGGCGCUACUAGGAGCUAUUCUGGGAAACCGGAAAUUGAAAAAAAGAGCAGACACCCGAUCAGAACCAUGAAAGCAGUCAUUCAAAGAGUCACUAAAGCGAGCGUCAUAGCUGGAGAGGAGCACAUCUGUUCCAUCGGUAGAGGCAUUUGUGUUUUGGUUGGGAUUUCCUCCGAGGACACACAGAAGGAUGUAGAUUACAUAGUGCGUAAGAUCCUGAAUCUGCGUUUAUUUGAGGAUGAGAAUGGCUGUGCAUGGAAACACAGUGUCAUGGACAAGGGCUUUGAGGUAUUGUGUGUGAGCCAGUUCACACUGCAGUGUACUCUCAAAGGAAACAAGCCUGACUUCCAUUCAGCAAUGACGGCUAAUUUGGCUCAGCCCUUCUACAACAACAUUCUGGAGCAGUUGAGGACUGCAUACAAACCAGAACUCAUCAAAGAUGGCCAGUUUGGUGCCUACAUGCAAGUGCACAUUCAAAAUGAUGGACCUGUCACCAUUUCUUUAGAGUCUCCUGCGGCUCCCACAGAUGCCAAACAGUUGUCCAAACUAGAAAAGCAGCAGCAGCGUAAGGAAAAAACAAAAGCAAAAGUCAACUCAGAAUGUGUCAAGGACAGGGGUGCCUUACAUUCUAAAGUUGGCCCCAGUGCCAGUAGUGGGGCAGAGGGGGAGUUAUCUUCAGAAAAAGAUGACGGUGACGGAAGACGUGAACCUGUUUUAUCAAGUUGAGAAGUUGAUCAGAAGUUACAAUCAAUAUUUUUAAUGAUCAUAUUCUUGCAAAUUUUUAUCUAUGAAACGGUUUUCUUUUCUUUUUUUUAUUAAUUAAAUGAUGAUUACUGUUUCGAAUGUCUGGAGAUUCAUGGCUUGUUAUUUUAUGUAAACAAUGGAUCAACACAAACAUGGAUCGUGUGCGGAUUAUUUAUUUAUACAGACUUGUUUUUAUUUAUGAUGAUGCAUGAAUGUAUGAAUAUUAAAAUAAAUGAUUAAGAGAACCUUAUGGGAAUGUUAGGGAAUGUUAUGGGAAGGUUAAGAAAACGUUAGACAAAUGUUCUGCAAACCUAAACAAUGUUCUAUUUCUGCAAAGAAAACUUUCCUUGCUAACCAAAAACAAAGCUUAAUAAUGUAUGUUCUGGGAACCAAAAAUUGUUAGCUGGGGAGUAGCUCGUCAUAAAAGUAAGUUUGGAGAAAAAUGGCAAUAUACAAGAAAAUCUUGAUUAUUGGCAAUUUAGUUUAUAAACCGAGGUUUAAUUCAAUCUAAUCUGGAUUAUGGGUGUGUUAUAUUCAAUUCAGCAUCUAAGUCAUUAUUGUAGAAAUUAGAUGUGAUACAGACAGCUUUAAGAAUAUGUUGUGGAGCAAUUAGAACAUCUUCGGUAAAUGCAGUUAGAAUAUUGAUGGGUGAAAUGCCAUUAAAUUGGAGAAGGAGGAAACUAGCCACAACAUACUGGAGGAGUGAAGAAGUGUUAUUAGCUAGGUUCAGACUGGGACACACCGGUUUAAAUUCAACUUUGGCAUGUAUGAGAUGUGUGACAGCUGUUGGGUGUUAGAAACUGUGGCAUGUUUUGUUUGUGAUCAGUGGUAUGACGUAUUUCUUAAAACUUCUUCGUUGAGAGCAUAAGUCGGUAAGAGUACAGGAUAUUUGGGGUAAAACAGAUGCACAGGGCCAUAGAGCACUUUUUGACAUUUCUAUACGACACUGGUUUAGAUAGUAGAAUAUACUAUGAUGCAGUGCUUGGAUCGGGACUAUUUGGGGAGUUGGUGAAGGAUGGAGGAGCUGAACACGCAGCGCCAUCUAAUGUUGGAUUCCUGACAUGGUUCUGUGAUCUUAGCAGAGCAUCAUUAUUGUAGGACAUGGUUCAUAAAAUACGCUAGGUGGCGGUAAUGCUCCUAGGAGUGAACGGCCAUUAACAACAAGAAGAAGAAAAUGCUCGUAGAGCCACAAUUAUUAAUGUAAACACUGCACGGCGACAGUACAGCAUGCCGUUUGAUGGGAAUAAGUGGUAUAAGCGCACAGCACAGCUGUAUGCAAUCGGAACUUGGACUUUGCUUGGGUCUUGUGUUUAUUACACAUAUUUCAAAUGCAACGAACGAGUUGUUAUACAUGAAGAGGAGGAGGAUGUACCACCAAAUGUGAGAAUAUUUAAAUCAUCUCACAUGUCAGCAAAACUAACCUACAAAGAAAAUUAUGUCCCAUAUUCCACAAGAUUUCUGGAACUUUUCAGACCCAAAGCUGAUGACUCUUCAGGAAGUCAAAAUGA